AGUUAUCACACUUGAACAUGAAGAAGCUAUAUCUUCUUCUCCUUUGCUGUUCGGCCAAGUUCACUUUAUCAAUCAAGACUUUUGAUUUGCAGAAUUGUACAACAGCAUCACCAUGCUGCAUAUCCUCCGACAUGACUUCCAACUACCUCGGCAGUCUGACCAACAGUUUCUGCAAGAUUGAAUAUCCCGUGCGGGUGACUGAAAACUGGGACAAGAUGCUUGCAGCCAAACUUGACGUGGCUGCAAAAGCAGAAUGGGAGAAGUUGACCAAGAACGAUGGAUGCGGCUCGGAAGCUUGCAAGGGAUACAUCUGCGCCAACUUGUUUCCGAGGUGCUUCUAUCUCAACGAGUCAGCGCAGGGGUCGUUUCUUUUCGAGACAUGCCGCGAAACUUGCAACGAUUGUCUCAGUUCUUGUGCCAAGGACAGAAGCACGGAAUGUUUGGUUAAUCCUUCCCAAUACGAGUCUGCUUGUACAUCAAUAGCAAAUGUCAACAGGCAGGAUGUGGGUGUCGUGUUGAUCACAGUAUUGAGUUUUUUUUGCAUCUGGUUCGCAACAGUCUGAAUGAUAAAGUUAUGUACAUUAAUGAAACACAAGCACCAG